ACAGCGCGGUCACUCCCCUCCGCUCGCUCUCAGACACCGUGUGAGGCCGCGGGGCGGAUUCACUCCGGAUUACAGAGCGAAUUAUAACAAUAAUAGCAUUAAUAAUACCAAUAUUACAGCAGCACUCAGCGCUCUAACACCUCCUCAGACCUCCUCUCAGUAACUCCUCUCAGCGCCCCGCGGAUUAAAGAGUGAAGAUGCCCUCGGCAACAAAUGGCAUCAGGACUGUAAAGUCUACCAGCCCAGAGGAGGGAUUCGCUCAGCCAUCAAUUAAUCAAAUUUCAUCCAGCAGCCUGGUCCCCGGGAGCCAGUCCGAGGCCAUGAAGCAGGUUUUGGGAGUUAUCGAAAAGAAAGUCCGCAAUAUGGAGAAGAAAAAGAGCAAACUGGAUGACUAUCAAGCCAGGAUCAACAAAGGGGAACGCCUCAAUCAUGACCAGCUGGAUGCUUUGUCCAAGUACCAGGAAGUGAGCAACAACCUGGAAUUUGCCCGGGAGCUGCAUAAAAGUUUUCUGGCUUUGAAUCAAGAUAUCCAGAAAGCAGUAAAGAAGGCAGCGCGUCGGGAGCAGCUGCAGCGGGAAGAGGUUGACCAGGCGAGGCUCAGGAAACUUCUGGAAGUGCAGUUUCUCCUUGAUCGACUUGGAGAUGAGGCCAUGCGGCAGGAGCUUCUUCGGAGUGCUGGCAGACCAGCGUUGCUGACAGAAAGUGAGCUCGCUGCACUUGAUGACUUCUACAAACUGGUGGGGCCGGAACGUGACCAAAAUAUCAGGCUGACUGACCAGUAUCAAGAAGCUUCACAGCAUUUCUGGGACCUCUUGGAGGGGAAAGACAAGCCUGUUGUAGGAACAACAUAUAAGCACCUGAAGGAGAUGCUAGAGCGAGUGCUGCAGAGCGGCUGUUUUGAACGAGUGGAAUCUCAUCAGAAUGGCGUUUGUGCCGAGGAUGGGGACCAGCCUGAAGAUGCAGUGGAGACCUGUGAAGUUGUGGGGUUCUCUGUAACAGAGGAGCAGCAUGCAGACCCAGAUGCUGAAUUGACUGGAUAUGCAGAGUCCAUUCUAAUGGAACAGAAAGAGUUUGUAAAUACACAGUUCAUUCCAGAGACCACAGAUAGCAGCUGUGAGAAGGAACAGGAGGAGGAGUGGUGUGAUGACACCAAGAUGGCUAAUUCCUUGCAACAGCCAGUUCAUUCACCCCCUAAUACAGAGGCUCCUCUGAUGACCUCAGAGACUCCCCCAUCCUCCUCAGACCCGCUGGUCCGAAAUAAGGAGGUUCAGGACCUCAUGGCACAGAUGCAGGGACCCUAUAACUUCAUGCAGGACUCCAUGCUAGAAUUUGAUGCACAGUCGCUAGACCCAGCUGUUGUCUCGGCACAGCCGAUGAAUCCAGUGAAGAGUAUGGAGGUUCCUCAGAUGGUUUGUCCAUCAGCUCAUCCACAGUCACACCUCGCACAGCCUCUCACUGUUCCUGUACAGACAGAAUCUACACAAGUUUCUAUAGUCUCUCCCUCUCCAGAGGCGUACUCUUCACCUCCACCUUCAUACCAGACAUCACACACAGCUGACCCUCGGCCCAGAGCAGAUUCUGAAGACCCCAUCCACGUCCCCAUUUCACUUACGGAGCAUCCUCCAUCCUCCACGGCUCUCGCUGGCACCUCCCAGCCUCAGGUGUUCCAGCCCAGUUCCAAACCCCUCUGCAACAGCGGCAUCAAUGUCAACGCAGCCCCAUUCCAGUCCAUGCACACGGUUUUCAAUCUUAACGCACCUGUCCCGCCUUCUAAUGAAACCGAGUCUCCUAAUCACAGCAGCCAGUACCAGAACUGCUACAGCCAGGGUUUCAGCAGCCAGACCAAGCACUCCUCUGAACAGGCAGAUAUGCAGUCAGAACAGCAUCAGUCUGUGGUUGGUUCUUUCCAAGAACAGUCUCUGAAUAGUUGCGCUGGUCACCCAAUCCUGUCCCAGCAGCCGGUGGGUCCAGGCGCCACCUUUAACCGCCAGCCGCAGUCCUUUUACAACAGCCGCGGAGUGUCCCGUGGAGGACCUCGGAAUUCCCGGGGUGUGAUCAACGGCUACAGAGGACCAUCCAACAGCUUCAGAGGAGGCUACGAUGGUUACCGCCCACCCUUCUCUGGGACUCCAAACUCUGGCUAUGGACAGGUGCAGUUUGGUGCUGCUCGAGACUAUUCCAACACCAGCUAUCAGAGAGACGGCUUUCAGCAGAAUUACAAACGUCCCGCUGGGCCGGGUCCUCGCGGUGUCCCCCGUGGAAAUGCCCAAGCCAUGCGGUCCUAAAAGUCCUGGAGACCGUUUUGACAUGAAGUUGCACUUAGUGUUUAGUCAGAUGUGGAAACGCAUAAGUCCAACUCAUUCAAACGUAUGUUUCAAAAGUAAGGAACUUUCUGGGCACAAAAUAAGCAAAUUAAGAUUAUACUGUCCGUUUUUAGUGCCCUUAAGUGUAGUGCGGGACUGUCUAUCCUGCACUACGACUGUGUUUAGUGUUACUCUUUGGAGAGGUGAACAUAGUACAGGGCUACACUUAAUAUAGACAAUGACCCCAAGUUCUGUAAGAACUAAAAUACCACUGUUGAGGUUUUAAGCUAGAUUGUGCACUUGAAAGAUUUUCACUAAUUUAUUUUUUAUUUUUUUAUAAAAUUAAAGGUGUGAUGCACCUAAAGUACUUUUUCUUAUUAGGUUCACAAAAGAUGCUCUUUUUAAAAACUCAAAAAGAAUUUAAAACAAGCCCCAACUCUUCAAUUUGUAUAUUGAUGUUGCUUUGAGCGUUUCAAUAAAGAUGUGUUGCAUAAACUCUAA